AUGGCCGACGUUAUGCAACCCCUUCAACAGCCCCAAUCCCAGGGGCAGGUGGAUGCUAAGCCCAAGAUGGCUCCACCACCUCCCUCCACGACACCCUCGAACGCCAGCUCGAACAACAACGCUCGCCGACCGCCGCGAAAGAGCACUCUUACGCAGCAGCAAAAGAACCAGAAGCGACAGAGGGCCACCCAAGAUCAGCUCAUGACUCUUGAGGUGGAGUUCAACAAGAAUCCCACGCCCACCGCGCUCGUGAGAGAGCGGAUAGCAUCGGAGAUCAACAUGACUGAGCGAUCUGUUCAAAUCUGGUUCCAGAAUCGACGAGCGAAGAUAAAGAACAUUGCCAAGCGAAGCAUCGAAAGUGGUGAAGAUUGUGACAGCAUUCCAGAAUCGAUGAGACAGUAUCUGGCCAUGCAGGCAUAUGGCCCUGGAAAGGGACUUCCUGCAACCAUGUUGGGCCGUGCUGGCCCUGGAUUCGCCCCAUAUGGCGGCGGUACCCUCUGCCUCAACACUGACACAUCAUCUGGAAAGGUCGUCAUCCAACAUUUCCACUGCCGCUCGCUUUCCAUUGGCACUUGGCGUCGCGUUGGCCAGAGCACUAUGGACCUUGUCAUCUUCUACUCUCCCGACAAGGCCUGCGUGACGUACUACAUCAACAACGAUUCAGCCGGCUACAAGAUCGAAUACCCCUUUGCGUGGAUCAAGAACAUUACCUUGGAGCAAGGUGACGUCCUGGCCCCUGCUGAAGGAGCCUCACAACGUUUGGGUGGACUCGUAAUUGAGUUGACCCGACCACCAAAGUUCUACAUGGACAGCUCUGGGAGCGGUGGUUUCUACGAGUGUGGCGACUUCACUGAGGACCAGCAAGCGAGCCAAACCUUUGUUCACCAGCUUGGAGGACCCUCCAAGGUUCUCAGUGGACAACUUGCCAAGCUCGUCUCUUUGGAAGCAUACCAAAAUCGACACAACAUUUUUGACCCCAGCCAGUUCGCCGUCUCGGCCCCUGUCUCGCCCAUUGGACACCGACCUGCAAGCCAGCCGAACCACAUGAUGCACCCGCACAAUGGUAUGAGCUUAUAUCCGCCUCAAGAGGCUGCUCCUGGGAUGAUGGGUCCUCCAGGUCCCCGCGGCCACAAACGCCAACGAAGUCGCUCUGUCCCUGUUGCUGUCGACUUCAACAUGCUCAGAAAUGGCCCAAUGCCAUCCUUCUUGAUCCAACACGAAGGCCAGCCACCGCAGCAGCCAAUGCAAGAUCCCAACAUCUUCGCUCCGGUUCCACAACACCAGCAUGCGAAUGGUUUCGCUCAAGGUCCUAUGGGUCAUCAUUUGAGCAUCGACACGUCGUCGGGCUUCAACAUGGGCUUGCAGUUCAACGGCUCCUUGUCAGCAACCACUGCGAACUCACCAAGCGAGUAUGGCACUCCUGGACUCUUCACUUCCGGCGCGAACGGCGAAGGCAUGCAACAGCCGCAGUUCAACUUCAGCAACAAUGGCUUCCUUGCUGUUGACCCAGCUUCCAUGAUCGGUACUAGCAACACUCCGCUGUCCAUUGCCAGCCACGGCGACCCUGUCAUUGCCGACCACUCGCCACCACUCAAUGGUGUUGGUCGCAGCCAGAGCGCUGAUAUCUUCGGCACUCCUGGUGAAAGCUCACAGAUUAGCGAUGAAGGCAUCUACCUGUCUGAGUCAUUCAACAAGCAGAUCGCCCUACCAUUCAGGAGCCCAAUGUCUGAGGACGCAUUCCAUUCGCCAAUGCCUGAUGGCAUGUUCAACUUCCAGUCGCCACAAGCAAGUGGGCCAGAUGGUCAAGGCAACAUGAACAUGCAAGGAGCACCACAGAUGAACUUCCAGAGCCCAUCGCAUGACGGCACAAACUACAACUCGCCAUCGCACCAAGGUCAGACUCACCAGGACAGCGGCGUUGACUUUUCGACUCCUUCCCAACAGCAAGCGGCGAUGUUCAACAGCCCAGACAAUGGAAUGCUGUACCAAGACUCCAAGAUGUAUUCCAGCCCAGGCCAGAUGAACAACGUCCCGGACGAACUCUUCCAACAGAGCCCCGCGAACCAAUUCGACAUGCAGACUCAACAAAUGUUCUUUGUCGACCCCAACACGCUCGGACAGCAGCACUAA